AUGGGGCAAACUGUCUCAGUCACCCCUCACAUCAUUAGGGCAAUUGCGCGAGCAGAUGAAGGGUCACUCGACUUGCUGAUGUCCAAGACCGACGGCUGCUUCGAAAUUACGGAUGAUGUGGUGAUGGAGGUAUUUAAGAACGAUCGAAAUGACGGCAAAAUGAUGCGCACUCUUCUCUCCCAGAACAAAGGCAAACGGAGUAUAACAUCUCAAGCUGCAGUUGCAAUUGUCGGACUCUACGAUGUGACAGUGGUAGAGCUUUUGCUUCAGGAGUAUACGAUCGCUGGCCUGUCGAACAACAUGAUUGUGGCCGCUUUAUCCAACAUUGCCAACUCCGCUCCUAUACUUGACGUGCUUCUAAGAGAGUCGACAGAAUGGCAGUUUGAUGGGACUUGGUGGAGCACAAUUACUCGGGAAAGCUCGCAAGAUACCUUUCAGUGGCUCCAUUCCAAACUCUUUGAUAACGAUGUGACAUCCACAUCGUUCCUAGAAGGUGCGUUGUCGAAUCCACGGCUGAAAUUUCAAACCAUUUGCCAUCUUCUCGAGUCAGCUUCUGCGCAGGAAACAAUAUCUCAACGCUUGGUAGCUUGCAGCGCGAGAAACCAAGCCCAUUCCCGCCGCCUUGUCGAGUUCAUGUUGGCCAGGAAUGAUGCUCAGUUGGUCUUUAUCACCGAAGAUCUUGUGGGAGGUGGACUGGGAACCCAGAGACUCAGUGAUGUCGCUAUGAAAAAUCUCCUCUCUAUUGACAGCAACCGAAUCAAGGUAACACAUAAUGGGAUGUAUAUUAUACUGCGCUGGUAUGGCCAGAGCAUUGUCGAUUGCCUGAUCAAGAGAGCCGGAACCGAUUUCCUUCUCACAGCUGACCUGAUUCGGGCGCUCAUUUUCAAUUCAACCCAUGGCAAAGAUGUUAUGCAUUGGUUACUGAUGGAGAAAAGGAUACAGGUUUCGCCAUCUCAACUAGCAACGAUUAUUGAAAGUGGAUGCUUCAGUGUCGAUGUUCUAAAACAGACUCUGACUUGUCGCUGUAUGAGAAUGACUGAGCAUCUUUUUGAUGCCAUCACAGCGGCUAAGGAUGGAUAUCCUGUGAUGGAUGCGUAUCUCAAUACACAUACUCUUGGUUCAAUUCGGAUUACAGUCCCUGCCAUAGUCAAAAUGAUUGGAACAUCCCAUCGCCACAAUUUGCCAUUGCUGAAACUACUCCUCCGCAAACCACGGAUCCAGGUUCACAUCCCACAACCUGUCAUUCGAGCUGCACUCCGAGCACUCAAUACUCACGGGCUAGAGACUUUUAUUGAAAUUCUGACACUAUUGAUGACGCGAGGAGACAGAAUCAUGGCAGACGAAGAGUGCAUGGCAGAACUACUCGCUCACAAAUAUCCGAAUCGCCUGAUGGAAACAAUUUGCCAUCAUACACCAGAGGAGGAGCUUAUAAUCUCAAAUGAUAUGGUCAGGGGCUUGAAGCGCUACAGUGCUAUCGAAACACUCGCGAAGCAUGCCAAAUUUCACGUUGUCAUUACUGAAGCUGCAAUGUGCAAUAUAGUUACCGGAUCUAGUUACGAUAUAUCUAAUAUUCCUUUCAGACCUCGUUACAGGGCCCGUUACAAGAUGGGCAUGCAUUUGCUGAUUUCACGGCCAAACUGGGAGAUCCCUGUCACGGAGAGUGUUCUUUGUGCAGGCAUUAUGCAUGCCCGUGACAGACCAGAUCAGAUGUCGGCCCUAUUUCAGCAUGCGAGGCACGUACAGCUGACGUCGGUGUUUUUCAAGACCCUAACUGAGGCCACAUUCGCGACGUCGGACCCCGAAAACAGCACUGAAUAUAUUGAGGGAUUCCUCGCCUUUUUCAAGAAGGUUCGCCUCGCUGGUUGUAUCAGAGCCGACAUGGUGGAUGGUAUUGUCGAGCACUGCUCUCCUCCAAUCGUUCUGGCCCUGUUCGAUAGAAUUGACGAUCCAAUUCCGUUCUCCAGUAAUACGUUGACAUUUCUAGCAAGAAGAUUCAGCGAAAAGAUCGUUGCAGUGUUCCUCGAUCGACACGGCAAUAACUCGCUUAUUACCGAGCAGGUCCUUGCUGCUGCCGCUUCAAAUGGCCACCAUGGGCCUGACGUCGUCACUGUCCUUCUACAGCGCAGUGAUGUCCUUCCAACCAAGAGCGUCCUGCUUGCUGCAGCCACAAAUCUGGGGCAAGGUCUAAAUGUUGUGAACGUUCUACUUGCUCAUUUGUCCAAGACAUCAGGACAGAUAGUGGACACAGGUGGAAAGGCCGAUGGUCUAUUAGCAAAGGAUUUCCUUUUUGCAUCGCUCGAGACGUGCUUUGCCAGCAAUGAGCCUCCAUAUUGCACUGAGGGACAGCGUGUUCCUGGUGCCAAUCUGAAAGGUCAGGCCUUGCGGAUGGUGAAUAUGUUGAUUGAGCGUGGAGUCUCUGUCGUCUUCAACGAUGAUGAUCUCCUCAGGCUUUUUGAACUCUACACCCUGGCCCCCCAUUUUAAUUCCAUCCUCCAGACACAGAGAGGGAGGCUACCGACCAUCACCACCAAUCUGAUAGCGAGAGUCCGAUUGCUCACAAAAUACCUGUCUCACAACGUGUUCGACAGAAACCCGGGCCUCAACCCAACCCUUUACGACCCGUUGUUUGUGCCUACAAUUCACCUCACGAUCAGGGAUAUUGAUCCCAUAACCUUCGACUCUUUGAUGAGGCGGAGUAAGCGCCCAUCCCAGGAGAUCAGGGCAGUCAUCGAGUCAUGCAGUAGUCAAUGGGCUGGGAAACAAAUUAUGCUGCAAGUAUUGACUUCCCAGGAAUUGGAAAUUACAGGACAAAUGAUAUCAAAGGCAGCACUAGAUCAAUUUGACCCUUUUGAGCUGUUGCGACACCCAAAAGUCAAAAUAACACGUGGCGCAUUGCAAAGGAUUCUACAGUAUCUUCGCCCAUGGCACCACAGGCACGUCUUGGAACUGUUGGAACUGAAGUCUAUGUCUGGGAUCAUCGACGAGGAAACAUGGAUCUUCAUGGUCUCGAAAUUCACCGACCUCGACACGAGUCGCCUCGAUCUCAGUCUCCUGGACUGGAAAGAGGUGAUCGAAAAGGCAGGCCGUCGAGGAAUGAUUUCAGAAAGUGUCUUGUCGUCAGUAAUUCGCACGAAUGACUAUAAUAUGGUCGACUUGUGCCUGAAAAAUUACGACAAGCCACUGAUCGUGACACAACAACUCGUGGAUGCCUUUGCUCCUCGUUCUUCGCUCCCUUUGAGAUCCACACGUCCAAUGAACAGCCUGCGCAGGUUACUUGAACACGACUCCCUCGUUCACCCCAUUCACUCAUCUUGCCUCAAAAGAAUACUCGAGAUAUUCGGCUCUGGAAUCGCAGAUGAACUCUUCAAAAUCACCAAAAAUCGGAUAUUAGUCGAUGAAUCCCUCUUGAUGUCUAUUGUAUCCACAAAAAACGUGAAGAUUAUCAAGUCGUUCUUCAAAGAGUACCCGGAUAAUUUCACCAUUACUCCCAGGGUUGUCAUUAUCGCCCUGCAGACAAAUGCGCCUGAUCAUGUUGAGGUGGCAGCCAACGAUGAAUCAGAUGGAUCAGACGAGACCUCGGGGGACAGCCCCGGUUGGCCUGAAUCCGACCAAUUCCCUGACAGUAGUCCUAGUUCUGAUUAUUCGGGGGUGUUUAAUGAUCCCCGAGGGUGGUAUGCUGAGCCGAGUGUGCCAAAUGAUGAAAGAGACGUGCAGAACCUGAAGCUGGACAAAGACACAAACACAGGGUACUACACCUCUGCGCAUUUGCUUGAAUAUCUGUUCUGCUAUUGCUCAUAUGACCCCAUGGGACUUACGGAAGAUAUUCUUCUGUCUGCUAUUGAGAAUAGAGAGCGCGAGGCCCUGUUUGCAAUCAUUGCCAAAUACUACAGCCUAGAAAACGUGAGAAUUACAGAAAACAUUGCCAGGGCUGCUGCAUCUAACAGCAUGCAACGUGUGCAACUUCUGCUGGACCUGUUUCCGGGCAAGCUACCAAUCACAGACGAAGUUCUUAUUGCAGCAGCAAGAAGCCCUAAAGAGAGCUACGAGACUCUUCAACUACUGUUUUCUUGCUCUUUGCACCGGAUAUUGGUAUCCAAAAAGGUCAUGAUAGCAUUGCUGCAAAAUCCCAAUUCUUGCCUUUCCGCCUUUCGAAUUGUGCUUGAAUAUGGAGGUGACAAUCUACUCAGGAGCCAGGAAAUCAAGAGUUUCAUUGUUAGGAAUGCAGAAAGAACCUUGGUUUUGCAGUUCUUUCUGGAGCUUCCCGGAUUCAGCCUUACUGUGACCGAGAGCAUGAUCCGAUCGGAUGAUGAGAACGAUGGAAAACAUGGGAAUCCCCUCAACAGCACCGAUAUCCCAUCCAGGAGGCAGUCUUCUUUUUGGAAAAGAAGAUAUUUCCGAAGGUUCGAGGACGUCGAGAACCCCCUAAUAAGCAGCAGCCUUCUAUUCAAGAGCCGUAAGGCCAGGCUUACCUCUGCUUCGAUUGCAUUCAUCAUGGCCGAGGGAGACACAGGCUCCACUAUGUCGCUUUUGGAGAAGCUCGCCACUGACCGAGACGACCGCCAUUUGACGGAGGCUGUUUUCCUCCAUGCUAUAUCGAAUGAGCACAAAAUGGCUUGCCUUACGGUACAUCAUCUAUUGUCACGCACAAGCAAGUUCCUCACCGAGAAAGCCUGGAUCAUGGCAGCCAAAAAUGGAGUUAACGGGUGGACUCUGAUGCAGAUGUUCGCAGAUUAUGACCCAACUUUACAAUCAAUGACUCCCACGGUUCUUUUGCAUGCUGCACGCAAUGACGAGCUCGGCAAUUACAUUUUCAAAUGGCUUUUAUCUUACUAUCCGUCUAAAGUCCGUUUUUCUGAGGAUAUCCUGGCAGCCAUCUCAGGGAACCCAGUGUGGUGGACUGGUGAGCCGCUCACCAGCCAGACCUACCGGCCCUAUCUAUGGCAAAAUGGCCCUAUCCUUGAGGUAAUGCUGCAUCAAGCCCAGGAGAAGGCAAAGAUCACGGAGAAUAUUCUUAUAGCUGCAGUGAAGAACCCUACGCACAGUGUUCGAUAUCUCAGAGUAUUGCUCCAACAUCCCACGAGAGAAGCCUUCGAUCUUCAAAAGGUCGCAAGAAUUGCUGCAGCCCAUGAAUUCGUGGAUAUAAAAGCACUUCUUGGCCUUUUUCAACACGGUGCUCUAAUUGACGAAGAUAUAGUGGUAGCAGCAAUGAGGAAUCGUAGACGAAGCGGUGUUAUUUUCGAGCUGAUUCGCGUCGAGGAUCUCUGGAGGGACUUUGUUGCCACUGAUAAAGUGGUGUUGGCAGCAGCCGAGAAUAAAGAGAAUGGAAAUGAAUUGCUCGAGGACUUUUUAAGUUCCUACCAGGGAGUCAUUGUGCUUCAAGACGAGGAUAUCAAGAAGGUCGCCAACUCCUUCAGCUUGGAUGUGAUAUGGCAAUUGCGCAUUCGCCAGAGAUCUCCUAUUUCCAACCCGCUACCUGUUUUCGUCUAUUUUCACUAUAUUUUCUAUCUUCUCCAUCGUUGUGGCACCGGCGAAGGAGUUGGAAUCCUGUCGCCCUUCAUUAUUGGGCUCUCAUGCGGUUGA